AUGGUUAAAAAGAGUUUGAGGUGGGACCCGGAAGUUGAUCGACAGCAAGAAGCAAAGGCAUCAAAGUCCUCCUCCGAAAGUCGGCGAGGCGAUCCGCAUGUCCCAGAUGGUAGUCAACCGCUUCCGGCCAACCAUCGUCCGACCGUCUUCAAUCUCGCCGGGAAAGACGUAUUGCGGGAGAAAGACGGAAUGCCUUAUUUCGGCGGAAAACUUCUACGGAUCACCAUGCUGCACCGGAAACGAGGCAACCAGGUGAUUUACCACGACCUGGAUGAUUACUACGAUGAUUUCUACACUGGAAAGCAUUUUCCACUCAGACUGGACAAGCACUUUUCCGGGGCGGUCGUUUCAAAAGGCUUCACGAUGAUCAGUCCCACCCUGCGAAAAGCCGCAAGAUAUUUAGCUCCGUCCCUGACGCUUGAUGACAAAACUUCGCUGCAAAGAGGACAGGAGCUGGCUGAAAAAACUCCUUUGCAACGAGGAAUGAUUUGCGUUCGCUGGCAGUUUCCGGAGUGCGAUCAGGUCCUCAUUGUUAAGGGGGAUGGGGAUAGGACACCAGAGGAGGCUCAUGACAGGCAGGCGGAUUACGGCGUGGACACAUAUUACGAGGUGGUUGAGAAGGAUGGUGUUUCCACCGAGGAACAGACCAUCUCUUUCCUUUGUCGUGCUCUUGGGUCUGAUGUCUCGGCCGAGGAAGAACAUACGCUGAGUAGGAUGCUCAAGAAGUUAGGACGGCAGAGCUUCGAGAUAGCAUAA